UCGACUGAUGCAGCCUAUUCUGCGAUUGUAGCCUUUUCUUUUAAAUCUAAAAAUUUUAUUGAUUUAAAAAUUAGUAAUUAUGCAUCGUAUUUGCAUAGUAGGGGCAGGUAUUACAGGAGCUUUGACUGCUAUGAUGUUAAAAGAGAAAUUGCAGCAAAUAAGUAUCAUUAUUUUUGAAAAAUCUAAAGGAACUGGUGGGCGUAUGUGUACAAAGAGGAGUCCAUUUGGAAGUUCUCUGGAUAUUGGAGCACAGUUUAUAACUAAGACAUCAGAUAUAAAUCACACACAGAAAAGAUGUUAUAGUGAACUGUUUCAAACUGGUCUGCUAAAGCCUUUGCAAGGAACAGUUGAAGGGUUAGAUGUAUCAUCAUACAGUGAAAACUAUGCGUGUUCCUGUGGAUCUGGUUCUAUUGUCAAGCAUUUUCUUCAACUUGCAGGUUGUGAAAUUUUGUUUGAUCACAAAGUAACAAGAAUUAAUAGUUCACAUAAUAAAUUGAAACUGCUAUGUGAUAAUAAUUCAAGCCAUGAAUUUGACACUGUAAUCUUAACCAUACCAGUUCCCCAAGUCUUGCAAUUAGAUGGAAUAACAUCAUUUAUUCAAAAUGGAGAACUGGGAAAGUUGAAAGCUGUUGAGUAUUGUUCCAGAUUUGCUUUAAGUCUCUUUUAUAAAUAUAAUACAAAUUUCUUUGAUAAUCUUUCCUGGACUGCAAAAUAUAUUUCAGAAAAUCCUGUGCUUCGCUUUGUUUCUAUUGAUAAUUUAAAGAGAGGUAAACAACAUGAAUUACCUUCAGUACUAAUUCACACUACUAAAGAAUUUGGGAAGAAAAAUGUAGAUGCAAGUUUAACUUCUGUUCUGCCUGUUAUUCUUGAAAGUUUGGAGAACAUACUUCCAGAUAUGCCUAAGCCAUCCGACAUGAAAGUUCACAAGUGGAGAUAUUCCCAGGUAGAAAAAAGCUACAGUGGAAACCCAGGCUGUUUAGUUCUUUCUACAUUUCCAGUUCUUAUAUGUGGAGGAGAUGGAUUAUCUUUUUCAACAUUUGAAGGUUGUAUCUUAUCAGCAGAAAGUAUUGUAAAAAAUUUCACUGAAAAUUUCGUAACUUGAUUUUUCAUCCCUUCCACAGUAAUAAAUUACAUACAAAAGUUAAGGUAA